AUGGGACUAAAAAUUAAGUUAAAAUUACUUAUUAAAAUUUAUGCGUUUAUAUUUUUAAUAUAGAUACGUUAUUUUAACAAUAAUAUAAGCACCCUUAACAUAUAUACUAAUGAGGACUUGAGGCUUGGUAAAAUAUCCAAUACAAAAAAUGAUCGAUUACUAGCAAAGUACAAACAGCAUACGAAUUCAAAUAAUUUAGAGUUAAAAGAUAAUAUAAUAAAUAAUGGAGAAUUCAAAAAAACAAAUAUAACUAAUAAUGAAAUAUGGGAUAAAAGAAAAAAUGAACAAUUUAAUAGAAGUUUGUUAAAUAAGUCCCAAUACUAUACAGAAGUUAUCGUUUAUGUUAAUGGAAUAUUUGAUGGAAAGCAUUUUCAUUUUGAAAAAAAAUGAAUCAAAAAAAAAAAUUAUGAUCAUUUUUUUGAAAAAAAAAGAAGAAUUGGUGAUAUAUCUUUAAAAAAAAUAAAGUUUAGAAUUUACGGAUUUGGAGUUGCUAUAUUUUUUAUUUUUACCUUGUUUGGAAAGGGAUUACCCAUUUUACAUGGUAAAGGAUUAUUGAAAAUCACUGAGGAGUGGCUUAGAGAUAAGGGACUAUUCUGAAUAUUAUGGAAUCUUAUUAAUGAAAUACUAGAAUCAAAUAACCUUGAAUUAUAUAAUUUAUAUUUAGUAUUAUAUUUGCUAUUUUUCCUUAUAUUAUCUAUUAUUGUUACAUUUGUAAUUUUUAAGAUAUUAGGAAAUAAAGAAAAAUAUCAAAAAAUUAUGUUGAUGAAAGAGUAA